AGCGCAUAUCAGGGAUCAUUGUGAGUCUGCGCGGAUAGCCGCUCAGCAGCGGAGUGUUACAACAAUAUAGCCAGAGAAUAGCGAGUUAUAUCCAGACCACAUCCAUUACUUCAAACCUGGGCUUUUCAAUGUAUUUAAGUGCGUGUAUUCUUCAUUCAUCGCCUUAAUUAGACGUCUGUUCCCUCGUUCAUCUUUGAGAGACAGAGAGAGAGAGAGAGACACACACACACACUACUUGACCGCAGAAGUUUUUUCGGGGCGUCUUAAGGGAAUGUUUGCGCACCAGCGCGCGCCGCAGCACUUACACCGCCUGUGACUGACAGCGCGAGACACUCUGCGUUCUGCAUCGUGUCGAUACGUCCUUCCUCGACACCCUUCUGCCUGCUUGGACAAUCCGUUGGUGAUUUGAAGAACUGCAGCAGAUUUCCAGUGUACCUGUUUACCAUCCAGCACUUUGGCGUUCCCCUCUGCUGCUGCUGAUCGACGGAUAUAAUCGUAUCAGCGCUCCAAACAAAAUGGCUUCCACAGUGAGAAAAUGUCAGAACCUGUUUUUAACACUCUUCCUUCUCCCUUUGAUCUACUGCAUGCACCCAGACUGCGUCAUUCAGUUAGAGAAAGAGAAGUGUAUGGAAAGGAUGACCUUGGAUGACCCUGGCAGUGAACCUGAAUUGGUCUGCCGAUGGAUGUGGGAUAACCUCACCUGCUGGAAGCCAGCAAAACUUGGUCAAGUUGUCUGGAUGCCCUGCCCUGAGCUUUUUGAAGUCAUGAGUGAUGAGAAUGAUGAGUUCGGAAAGGUCAGUCGUAACUGCACCGAGGAUGGCUGGUCAGAGAUGGUCGCUCACUACGUUGAUGCUUGCCCUUUUAAUGAAAAUGGAACAAGUCCAGACAUGUACUAUGUGUCAGUAAAGGCUCUGUAUACCGUGGGCUACAGCACCUCACUGGUGUCUCUCACCACUGCCAUGGUCAUUCUCUGCAGGUUCAGGAAGCUGCAUUGUACCAGGAAUUUCAUUCAUAUGAACUUGUUUGUGUCCUUCAUCCUGAGGGCCAUCUCGGUCUUCAUUAAAGACGGCAUUUUAUAUGCAGAGGAGGACAGCAACCAUUGCUUUAUACACACCGUGGAGUGUAAAGCAGUGAUGGUAUUUUUUCAUUAUUGUGUUUUGUCAAACUACUUCUGGCUGUUUAUCGAGGGCUUGUAUCUCUUUACGCUGCUUGUUGAGACGUUCUUUCCUGAGAAAAGAUACUUCUACUGGUACACCAUUAUUGGAUGGGGUACUCCUACAAUCUGUGUGGCUAUCUGGGCAGUCUUAAGAGCUCAUUUUGAUAACAUUGGUUGCUGGGAUAUUAAUGACAAUGCUGCCAUCUGGUGGGUGAUCAAGGGCCCCGUUCUUGCCUCUAUCAUGAUCAACUUUAUACUCUUUAUUGGCAUCAUUAUAAUCCUGGUGCAGAAGCUGCAGUCUCCAGACAUUGGAGGGAAUGAGUCCAGCAUUUAUCUGCGUCUGGCUCGCUCCACUCUUCUUCUCAUUCCUCUUUUUGGAAUUCACUACACCGUGUUUGCUUUCACACCAGAAGAUGUCAGCAAAAGAGAAAGACUUGUGUUUGAACUUGGUCUUGGUUCUUUUCAGGGUUUUGUAGUAGCUGUCCUUUACUGCUUUCUUAACGGAGAGGUGCAGUCAGAAAUCAAGCGAAAAUGGCGCAGCUGGACCGUGAACCGCUACUUUGCCGUGGACAUGAAGCACAGACACCCGUCUCUGGCCAGCAGUGGCGUGAACGGAGGCACGCAGCUCUCCAUCCUCAGCAAGAGCAGCUCACAGAUCCGGAUGUCCAGCCUGCAGGCUGAAACACCGGCCACAUGAGCUCUCAGAGGACCUAGCCCCUUAGAACUAGUGCUACCUUCGUCAACGUUCAAGUCCUGUUUUACCUUUCGAGUCUGCGUUGCGUCGGUUGAAGCUGUAGUAUCUGUCAACCGUCCAAAGAUGACAGGCUUUUUGCUGCGAACCUCUGAGGAGCUCACAACCGAUGGCCAAGCAAACAGGGAUACCUUCGAUGCGGACUUAAGGAUGAAUCAGAUUGGGUCUAAACUGAAAGGAAUUACAGGCCGCGGGGAAAUAAAGAAUCCAUAGCAAUCCGCUCUUUAGGAUGUUUUCAUCCAGAAAGCUUUAGCUCGUGAACAAGGUGGAUAUUUUUGUACAUAUCAACAUAGCAAGCGUCUCGCGCGUUUCCGUUUCUCUGUCCGUGAAGAUUUGUCACAGUCCGAGUUUCUCAAUGUUUUAACGUCAAAGCAUCUUCGAAGAGGAUGAAGACAGCAGUCGCGACUGGCAAGUCAUUUUUCGAAAGAGAAGAAACCACAUAUUUGACACAGGAGCUUAAUGAAUAACCGAUUUCCGGUUCCUAACGCCAAUUUAAUAUGUAAAUAUUUCCGUAUGUCAUGUAAUAGAACGAAGGACUGAAGGAAAAUCAAGUUUAAGGACUACAAAGUAUCCACAUUGUGGAUGGAUCUUGGGUGCGGUGUGGUCAAGAUUAAUAUUAGCGAAGGAAAAGCAGAAAUUGAAACCUCAUUGAAACAGCGAGUAACUCGUGACUUUGUUUUCAUGGGUGGAUUCCUCUUGUACUUGUGCGUGUGCUCCGAGUUUCCUAAACAGCCGCUAGUACUGAAAAUGUCAGUUAGAAUAUAAAAAUGCAACAAAGCUCAUGCCACAGUGUUUGGCAUAUUAAUAUGUUACUGGGUAAUAUGAGUGUAAUAGAUUUGUAAUAUGCAUGUUGAUUCCUUCCCCGCCAGUUCUAUAACUACUAUACAGUGAAUUUACAGCAAAGAAUUAUUCAACUUUACACUCAUAUCAAUUAGUUGAAGCUUUUUUUUCUGUUUAAAGGCUGAGAAUUUUCUUAUAGAUUUUCUGACUCAUAAUAUUUGAUCUUUAGCUCGUUUUGUAAUUUAACGUCAUAAAAGCAUUUACAAAUAGAGCACUUUAAGAUUCCAAAGAAGGUUUUUUGAAUAUUUGACCCCUUAAGACAUCAUUCGCUGUACAAGUUUGCAAGUCUUUGCAACUGAUGUCACUUCAUAUGAAGAUGUUUUUUGCUUCUUCAAAGUGCCUUUUUUGCACUAAAGAGACGACGGUUUGGUUUUACAAAGACAAACUGCAACACGUAACUGCAUCAUUCUGUGAAAGUGCUUUUAUUACGCUUCAGCAAACCAAGAGGCCUUCAGAGAAUUCAAGCUAGCCCCCAACCCCCUUUUUCUUUGCUGUAUAUUUCUACAGGCCAAUUUUCUUUUAGUACUGCUGAAAAAAAGAAAGUCAUAUGUAAUUUGAUAUUAAAAAACAAUUGCAAAAAAAGCUAAUUGUUUUACAUUUAAAUUAAUAUAAUCAUUAUUACACACACACACACACACACACAAAUA